GGUGCCGGACCCCCAGGUGGAGCGACAGGUCUCGGGCCCUCAGGCGGAGCGGCGGGUGCCGGACCCCCAGAUGGAGCGACAGGUCUCGGGCCCUCAGGCGGAGCGGCGGGCGCCGGACCCCCAGGCGGAGCGACAGGUCUCGGGCCCUCAGGCGGAGCGGCGGGCGCCGGAUCCCCAGGUGGAGUGACAGGUCUCGGGCCCCCAGGCGGAGCGACAGGUCUCGGGCCCUCAGGCGGAGCGGCGGGCGCCGGACCCCCAGGCGGAGCGGCGGGCGCCGGACCCCCAGGCGGAGCGACAGGUCUCGGGCCCUCAGGCAGAGCGGCGGGGGCGCCGAGUCAUCUGGCACGACAGGGCUCCGAGUCAACUGGCAUGACCGCUGGCACUGGGUCAGACAUUGGAUCGUCUGGCUGGACAGCGGGCAUCGGGUCACCCGGCAUCAGGUCAUUUGGCUCGACCGCGGGCACCGCAUCAUCUGGCAAGGCAGUGGGCUCCGAGUCAACUGGUAUGACCGCGGGCACUGGGUCAGACAUUGGAUCGUCUGACUGGACAGCGGGCAUCGGGUCACCAGGCAUCAGGUCAUUUGGCUCAACAGCGGGCACCGCGUCAUCUGGCAAGGCAGUGGGCUCCGAAUCAACAGGCACGACAGUGGGCACCGGGUCAUCAGGCAUUGGAUCGUCUGGCUCGACAGCGGGCAUCGGGUCACCAGGCCGAGUAGAGGCCAGGCCGAGUAGAGGCAUCAGGCUGAGUAGAGGCGGCCGAGUAGAGGCUUCAGGCUGAGUAGAGGCUUCAGGCUAGAAGGCUGAACCACGGAAGGCAGGUUCACCAGUUUGGAUACUGGCAGGAUGGUAUUGGUUGGAAAGAAUUUUCGCUUUUUUCUGGUUUUAACUACUGGAGCACUGCAAGUAAACGCAGGUCUGCAAACGAAUGGAGCAGCUGGAGACAGAGAAGAACUGGAGGAUGGAACAGGAGAGGGAGCAGUUGCUACAGAGGGCUUUUUUACAGGGUUAAAGGCAGGAUAGGUGCAGCGAGUGGGAACAGGGUACUGACAUGCGGUAGAUAGCCAAGUAUACUGGGC